UAGCAGUUCGAAGUACCUGAGGAAAAAAAGAAAAUCUGAGGUCAGAUUUGUCAUUUAAUCAAACAAAAUGAGCCACUGUUUCAAAUUUCUAGCGACCCGGAUGUAGGAUCCGAGUUGUCACCAUUUGUAGAAUCUCUUAAAUCAAACAAAAUUCUCUCUACCUGAGCAGUCCACAAAGCUUCUUAAUCAGCACCACUACCCACUCAAUCGAUCAACAGCAAAGGUAAAAUUAGUAGAAAAAUGCAAUUCUUCGGAGGAUCAGAGAUCAGUCCAUCGCCGCCGCCACCGACAGUAUCAGGGAAUAAUGCACAUAUGUUGUAUGUAUUCAAUAGGAAUGGAGUUUGUCUUCUUUAUAGGGAAUGGAAUCGGCCUCUUAAGACCUUAAACCCUCAGCAGGAUCAUAAGCUCAUGUUUGGUUUGCUCUUUUCCCUCAAAUCUCUAACUGCCAAAAUGGAUCCUACAAGUGCUGAAAAAGGUAAUCUUGGGGUGCCGCAAUUACCUGGACAGGGAUGUUCAUUUCACAGCUUUCGUACUAAUACAUAUAAACUCAGUUUCAUGGAAAGUCCGUCUGGAAUAAAGAUCAUCCUUGUCACGCAUCCAAGGACUGGUGAUCUAAGGGAAUCUUUGAAAUAUAUUUAUAACUUGUAUGUUGAAUAUGUGGUGAAGAAUCCACUCUAUUCCCCAGGGGCUCCUAUUAAGUGUGAGCUAUUUAAUUCUACGCUUGAUCAGUAUGUUAGAGGCCUUGGAUAAUUUCUCAAGGAUCAUUUGGAUUCAGAUAUCGAACACUACGUUCAGCUUAAUUGUGCCUUUCAAUUAUGAUUUAUCAUCUGUGAUGGAAGAUGGCUCUGGUAGGGCUCAAUACAUUCUCAAAACUUGCUGCACCAACUUUGGACAAGUGUUGCGCCAAUUGUGUUUGCCUAGUUACAGUAUGAUCUCAUUUUGGUAACUUCAAUAUAUUGUCUUUCAUGUCAGUAAAUGUGUUGAAACAAUAAUAGUUGGAUUAGGUCCGUAUUACGUUCUUUCGAUGCUGCUUAUCCUUUGAAGUUUUUACAUGGUAUGUAUACUAGUACAAUGAACAAUGGUAGAAUAUAGUCCUUUUUACAGAUUUAAGAUAGUUUUGCAAUGAAUGUGAAGUGUGCUUGCUUUUUAGUA